AUGUUAUUAAAACGAGAUAUUUCAACAAUAUUAAUUUAUAUUAUCAAUAUAAUUAGUGGAGUGUAUUGUGAUGAAGCUCUGACUAAGCUUAACUCUAAACGAGCCAUUGAAUCUAUACCGGUAGAGACAUCUCAAAUGAAAAAUGAACGGUCGAUCCUGAGUGGACGGAUGUCCAGGGAAUUAGUCAAAGAAAUCUCAGAAUAUGUUUACAAUCUUUUGAGAGGGAAAACUGACGGUAUGGAAGAUCUUGUUGCUCACUCACCAUACUACAAACAAAAAAAGACGGAAGAGCAUUCACCAGACUAUAAAGACUAUAUGGAUAUGAUGGAUGAGAGAAAGCCAUCUCGAUCUCCCAUGAAUCGUAAUAGACCAGUUGCUUUUGUUAAGCAAUACAAUGGACAGAAUUCAAGAAUGAAAUACAGAUAUGGCGUCAGUAGACGAUACACUAAAUCGACCUUGCCUUCUCAGUUCAAACGACGAAGUUUCAGCAGAUUUCGGAGAUUAGGCCAAUAA